UGUAUGGCUUAGUUCCUUCGCCUGUCCCAUGGACGAAAAUGAGUGAAUGAAGAAUCGAGUAUUAUUUUUCUAAUAAAACCAAUAAGAAUAUAUAAUAAUCAAUAUAAACUUCUGUAAUGCCGCGCGAAAAGAGUCGAUAUCGAGAUAGGAAGAGUUCUUCACUUAGUUCAGACUCCUCAUAUGAAAGGAAAAAAUCUAAAAGUAAACACAAACGCCGUUCUCGUUCAAGAGAACGAUCAGAAUCAAGUAGUCACAGAAGAAAGCGUUCUAUUUCUCACUCGAGGCAUAAAAGAGGUUACUCGCGUAGCGUCUCACGAGAUCGAUAUGAAUCAAAGGCGAGAAGAAGGUCACGUUCGCGUGGUAAACGUUCGAAGAAAUCUGUAUCCCGAGAUCAAUCCCGUUCAAGGUCUCGUUCAAGAAGUAGAACAAAACAUAAGGGCAAGAAAUCUGCAAAGAAAUCUCACACUUCGAGUAGUCGUUCAAGUUCUUUUGAUAUUGAAAGGCCCCUUCCUUCCAAACCAGUUAAUUUAGAUGAUACUGAAACGAAAUUGGAAAAGGCUAUCAAAGCAGCUGAGGCUGCCGGACUGACUAUGACAAAGAUUCCCACUUAUGAAUACAAGGAAGUGGAAGUGAAAGAAGACAUGCCUACUAUUCAUGACCGGAACUUACUGGCUGAACUGAACAGUGAUUCCUUUGUGCAAAAAACAUUCACAUCUUCAAGAAAUAAAAAACAGUCACAAAAUAUAGUGAUUGACUUAAAUGCUCAGACUGUAACAGUUCCAGAAACUGAUAUAAAAGUACAGAAACAUGAUUCUGUUAUAAAUUUUGAUGCAAUACCCAGUGAGGAAGAAUUAAUAGAGAUGUGGAUCAAGAAAGUGUAUCAAUAUAGAAAGAAAAUGCUUAAGGGUGAAUUAUGAAAAUAAAGAGUUUGAAUUACUAAAAUUUGUAUUUUUAUAUCAUGGUUACGUAGGUAUAAAUCAAGAAAAAAAAAUGUUUCUUUACAUAUAUUUUGAUAAGAAAAAAAAACAGUUUAAAAAAAAUUGGAAUAUUCCAUUAAAAAAAUUCAUACUUUUCUGUCAAGCUAUAGUUAACUUCUCAACACUAAACAUUAUCCUUAUUAAAGGAAAAUUGUGAUUGACACAAAAGCAAUUGUUAUUAUAAACUAUAUUAUAAUAAUAGAAAGUCUAUAAAACUCUAUAACUAAUAGAAAGAUUUUAGUUUUUCUUGUAUGGGGAAUAUAUGUAUGAAGUUACUGUAUUUUUCAAAAUAUAAUAAAUAUAAUUGGAUAUAUUAUAAAACUAUACUUUCAUAAUCUAUUGAAUAAUUCACUGAUAAUAUGUAAAUGAAGGUGAGCGAAUAACAUAACCAUUGUUAACAGCCUAGAAUGUUUUUAUUGAACACGUUAACAUAACAUCUGCUAGCCGCAACCCACAAUUUAAAUCAUACUCUGCAUCUACUAGUUUAUAUUUACAAUAUCACGAUAGCACUUUGAACUAGGGGCAGAUUCUCACAUGUUGUUCCUUUCACGCUGAAUACGACUGCUAUACGUUCGUGAUACGAGGUUCCAGGCAUCCAUAUAUCUGUCCAUGCACAUUGCGAUACAUUUUUGUUCAGAGUUAUCUAAAGAGGUUCCUGGUUUAUUGAUGCACUUUUUGAAACAUUUCUCUGACAUUUUAGUGAGAAGUUCUUGGGCAUUUGCUAUUGCUAUCUGCUGUUUUACUUGAUCCAUCAAUUCCUCUUUUUGCACCCCACUUAAAGAGCCGGUAGAUAGACUAUCCAUUUUUAUUUUGACUAUUUGUUUAAUUGAUUGAUAAUUAUAUGAAUAUAUCUGAGUAAAUAACCUGAAAUAACCUCAAAAUAUUCGUAAGAUUUCACAGAGCAGAGCACUUAGAAUCAAAAAGUAAGAUACU